GGUGAGCUGUGUCUUCUGCCCUUGAGAUCCAGGCCCUGCAUCCCUGCCUCAAUGGGAGAGGAGGGCUGCCUGUGUCCUCCUCCUCAGAGACCCACCUAUUCACCUGCUCCAUCCUGGCUGGCAGAGCCUUGCCCUUCUGGUCAGCAGAGCAAGGAUGACAGAUUUUUUUUUUUAACAGAUAAAGGAAAAGAUGACUCAGUCAAAAAGGACAAGCCAUAUAAGAUCUUUUUCAAAGAUCUCUUUCUUUUCAAAGAAAAUGAAAUGGCAGCAAAGAAAAAGGAAAAAUUUAUAAACCGCAGCAUGAAAGUCUACCAGAAGUCUACUUUUUCAUCUCGAAUGAAAAGUCGUUCACACCUGGGCCAAGUAGGAUUCUACUCUGACACAGCUGGUGGCUCAUUCGAAAAAUUUGGGCUAGAUCCCACUCUUAUUCUAAGAUUAACAGAAGGUGCGGACACAAAAAGGACUAUUCAUGAAUUUAUUAAUGACCAGAGAGACAGGUUUCUGCUGGAGUAUGCCCUGUCAACCAAAAGAAAUACAAUUAAAAAGUUUGAAAAACACAUGGCGGCGAAGGAACGGCAACUCACAAGAGCCGAAAGAAAGCUCCAAGAAGACGCAAUGGCCUUUGAAGAGUUCCUUCGAGAAAAUGACCACAGAUCUGCAGAUGCUCUUAAAAUUGCAGCACAGGAAACUAUAAACAAACUCCAAAUGACAGCAGAGUUAAAGAAAGCCAGUAUGGAGGUGCAGGCAGUGAAAAGUGAGAUAGCAAAAACAGAAUUCCUCCUUCGAGAGUACAUGAAAUAUGGAUUCUUUCUGCUGAAAUUGUCUCCAAAACACUGGCAAAUCCAACAAGCGCUGAAAAGGGCGCAGAUGACAAAGAGUAGAGACAGUAUGAAUGUUAGUCUCCCAAUACUAACAAAGGGCAAUACUGAGGAUGCCAGGAAGAUAUCAUUUUCAGAUGACUAUUACAUGGAAAGAGAUCACCAAGGAAAACCGCACAGGUCCACUCUCACCCUAGAGAAUAAGAAAUCAUCCUUAUCAAGCCACGCUGAGAGUAUCAGUUCAGAAGACAGCUUAGAAUUCUUUUUAGAUGAUGAUACAGACUAUGAUCUGGAGCCAGAGCUUUAUUUCAAAGAACCGGAAGAGUUACUUCAAGUCCUCACAGAGCUGGAAGAGCAGAACCUAACUUUGGUACAAUAUUCCCAAGACGUAGAUGAAAAUCUUGAAGAUGUAAAUAAAAGAGAAAAACUUAUACAGGAUAAAAUAAACAGCAACAUAGAGUUUCUUCUGGAGCACAAGGAAAUGCUUAAGGCUAACUGUGUGAGAGAAGAGGAAAAAGCAGCAGAACUGGAAUUAAGGUCCAGGCUAUUUAGUUUUGGAGAAUUUAAAUCAGACACUCAGGAAAAACUGAUAGACUCUCUUAGUAAAAAAAUUAAUCAAGUAUACAAAGUCUGCAUUGGAGAUGCUGAUGUUGGCAGCCUCAACCCAGUUCAAAAGCUGGUAAAAGUGGAGUCUCGCCUGGUAGAACUGAGUGAUCUCAUUGAAUCCAUUCCCAAAGAAAACGUGGAGGCAAUUGAGAGGAUAAAACAGAAAGAACGGCGGCAAAAGUUACGUGAAGAGAAAAUGAAAGAAAAACAAAAACAUCAGGAGGAAAGGCUAAAAGCUGCUCUGGAAAGAGCAGUAGCACAACCAAAGAAAAAGCUGGGAAGACGACUUGUCUAUCGCUCAAAACCUCCAUCUGGUAACAGACAUGAACUACUUUUAGUUAAGGAUACAAGAACAAAAUCACUAGAGGAUGAAUAUUUUUUAGCUUGA